UUAAAUUGCUAGGGGAGAGAGAAGAGAAGAGGAGUGUAGAUUAAUCAGUUUAUUCGCAAGAUUUCACUUUCCGGCGAGCAAGAUCAUACUAGGAAAUCGCGCGCAAUUAUAUGUCCCACAGCCAGGAAUUAGCUCCGGUCCAUCCUCCGCAUUGCUUUCUCUUUCUCCCCACCUCCACCGCCCCUUCGCCAUCGAUCGCCCUGUCCCUGUCCGGCCGGCGGUGCAUGUCAUCUCGUACGUACGUCCAAGCUAGGCACCGUACGUACCAGCAGCAGGGUCGCCGGGGCAAUCGCAGCGCCACCGGCGGAAUCACGAUCGAAGACGACCGCGCCGGCCGGUGUCGAUAACAACAACAACAACAACAACUAAUGGAGGGGUCAGAAGCGGCGGCGCGUGAGGCGCUGUCGACGGAGAAGGCGUUCGAGGGGGAGCGGCUGCCGGCGUGGUCGGAGCAGAUCACUGUGCGCUCCGUGGUGGUGAGCACGGCGCUGGGCCUGUUCCUGAGCUUCAUCGUGAUGAAGCUGAACCUCACCUCCGGGAUCGUGCCGUCGCUCAACAUGUCGGCGGGCCUGCUCGCCUUCUUCCUGAUGAAGACGUGGACCAGCGCGCUGGAGCGCUGCGGCGUCUUCCCCAAGCCCUUCACCCGGCAGGAGAACACCGUGGUGCAGACGUGCGUCAUCUCCUGCUCCAGCAUCGCCUUCAGCGGCGGCUUCGGCACCUACAUCCUGGGCAUGAGCAAGAAGAUCGCCGAGGGCUUCGACGAGGCCAAGACCAGCAUCAACGUGGAGGAGCCGUCGCUGGGCCGGAUCAUCGCCUUCCUCUUCCUCGUCAGCUUCGUGGGCCUCUUCUCCAUCGUGCCGCUGCGCAAGAUCAUGAUCAUCAGCUACAAGCUCACGUACCCGAGCGGCUCCGCCACGGCGCACCUCAUCAACAGCUUCCACACGCCGCAGGGCGCCAUCCAGGCCAAGCAGCAGGUCUCCAUCCUCUUCAAGUCCUUCGUCGGCAGCUUCCUCUGGUCCCUCUUCCAGUGGUUCUACUCCGCGGGGCCAGGCUGCGGCUUCAGCUCCUUCCCCACGUUCGGCAUGGAGGCCUACCGCCGCCGCUUCUUCUUCGACUUCUCCGCCACCUACGUCGGCGUCGGCAUGAUCUGCCCCUACAUCAUCAACUUCUCGCUGCUGCUGGGCUCCGUCGUCUCCUGGGGCCUCAUGUGGCCCUACAUCGAGAGCAAGCGCGGCCUCUGGUACGACGCCGAGCUGCCGCGGAGCAGCCUCCACGGCCUCAACGGCUACCAGAUCUUCAUCUCCAUCGCCAUGAUCAUCGGCGACGGCCUCUUCAACUUCCUCUCCAUCCUCGUCCGCACCUCCUACGACAUGUACCUCAAGCGCACCCGCCCCGCCGAGGCCGCCGCCAAGCCCUUCGCGGGCGUCGACGUCACCGAGCGCCAGGCGCUCAGCUUCGACGACCGCCGCAGGACGCAGGUGUUCCUCAAGGACCAGAUCCCUACGUCCAUCGCCGCCGGCGCCUACGUGCUGCUGGCGGCCAUCUCGGUGGUGGCCAUCCCGCACAUCUUCCGCCAGCUGCAGCCGAGGCACGUGGUGUGGGCCUACGUCGUGGCGCCCGUCUUCGCCUUCUGCAACGCCUACGGGACGGGGCUCACCGACUGGUCCCUCUCCAGCAGCUACGGCAAGCUGGCCAUCUUCAUCUUCGGCGCCAACGUGGGCGCCGCGGACGGCGGCGUGGUGGCGGGGCUGGCGGCGUGCGGACUCAUGAUGGGCAUCGUCUCCACGGCGUCCGACCUCAUCCAGGACUUCAAGACGGGGUACCUCACGCUGACCUCGCCGCGCUCCAUGUUCGUGAGCCAGGUCAUGGGCACGGGGCUGGGCUGCGUCAUCAGCCCCGUCGUCUUCUGGAUCUUCUACAAGGCGUACGACAUCGGGAUGGAGGAAGGCUACCCGGCGCCGUACGCCAAGAUCUACCGGGGCAUCGCGCUGCUAGGCGUCAACGGCUGGAACCAGCUGCCCAAGUACUGCCUCCGCUUCUGCCUCGCCUUCUUCCUGCUCGCCGUCGCCAUCUGCGCGCUCAAGGAGGUGGCCAAGGCGCGGCGGUGGUGGGUGCAGGACUACAUCCCGAGCGCGCUGGGAAUGGCGGUGCCCUUCUUCCUCGGCUCGUUCUUCACCAUCGACAUGUGCGUCGGAAGCAUCGUGCUGUACCUGUGGAGCAAGUCGGACCGGGUGAGGGCGCACAUGUUCGCGCCGGCCGUCGCGUCGGGGCUCAUCUGCGGCGACGGGAUCUGGUCGCUGCCGUCGUCCAUCCUCUCCCUGAUCAACGUCAACCCGCCCAUGUGCCUCAGGGUCUUCUCCGCCGACACAAACUACCAGGUUGAGGAGUUCCUCUGGACGCUGCGAAACCCAGCCGCCACAUAAGAAUAGCCUUUCCUUGUCCUGCUUCUUUUCUAUAUUGUCGUCGUCGUCUUCCUUCAAUGUUGUUCGUCUCUCUGGUAGCUUUUUGUUGUUAGCCUUUAAUUUUUUAUGUAUGUAUGUAUCUGUGUAUUUCUUGUCUCGUCGUUACAGACAGCAUGUAAUGUACUAAUGUGUACGUAUGUACGUUGUGCGUCAUUAUUUUUCUCUUGUACGUCGACUUGUAGAAGAAGCUGGUGAUUGGUCCUAUAUAUA